UCAGAUGUCCUAGUAGCGGCGGCUGUGGAGCUCUGCAUCGUCUUUCUGCGGCAGCAGGGGCUGGCCGCCCCGGCCCCUGACCGGGCCCCUCCCCAACCCCAUGCCUCAGCUCUAACCCCGCCGAUCUCCCCCGCGGGGGGCAUUUCCCCGAGCCCCCUGCUCUCCCCGUCCAAGUCAGGAGCCAUGAAUGACCAGUACCACCGGGCGGCCCGGGACGGCUACCUGGAGCUCCUCAAAGAGGCCACCAGGAAGGAGCUGAACGCCCCGGAUGAGGAUGGCAUGACCCCGACACUCUGGGCUGCCUACCACGGCAACCUGGAGUCGCUGCGCCUCAUCGUGAGCCGUGGAGGUGACCCGGACAAGUGUGACAUCUGGGGCAACACUCCCCUGCACCUGGCAGCUUCCAAUGGCCACCUGCACUGCCUCUCCUUCCUGGUGUCCUUCGGGGCCAACAUCUGGUGCCUGGACAACGACUACCACACGCCGCUGGACAUGGCCGCCAUGAAGGGCCACAUGGAGUGCGUGCGCUACCUGGACUCCAUCGCGGCCAAGCAGAGCAGCCUCAACCCCAAGCUGGUGGGCAAGCUGAAGGACAAGGCCUUCCGCGAGGCGGAGCGGCGCAUCCGCGAGUGCGCCAAGAUGCAGCGCAAACACCACGAGCGCAUGGAGCGGCGCUACCGGCGCGAGCUGGCCGAGCGGUCGGACACGCUCAGCUUCUCCAGCCUCACGUCCAGCUCCCUGAGCCGCCGGCUGCAGCAUCUGGCGCUGGGCAGCCAGCUGCCCUACUCGCAGGCCACGCUGCACGGCACGGCCAGGGGCAAAACCAAGAUCCAGCGGAAGCUGGAGCGGCGCAAGCAGGGUGGCGAGGGCACCUUCAAGAUCUCCGAGGACGGCCGCAAGAGCGUGCGCUCGCUCUCCGGGCUGCAGCUGGGCAGCGACGUGAUGUUCGUGCGCCAGGGCACCUACGCCAACCCCAAGGAGUGGGGCCGCUCCCCGCUCCGGGACAUGUUCCUGUCCGACGAGGACAGCGUCUCCCGUGCCACACUGGCGGUCGAACCUGCCCACUCGGAGGUCAGCACCGACUCAGGCCACGACUCCCUGUUUACACGCCCCGGCCUGGGCACCAUGGUGUUCCGCAGGAACUACUUGAGCAGCGGGCUGCACGGGCUGGGCCGCGAGGACGCGGCGGUGGACGGCGCGGGCACGCCGCGGGGUCGGCUGCAGAGCUCCCCCAGCCUGGACGACGACAGCCUGGGCAGUGCCAACAGCCUGCAGGACCGCAGCUGCGGGGAGGAGCUGCCCUGGGACGAGCUGGACUUGGGCCUGGAUGAGGACCUGGAGCCCGAGACAAGCCCGCUGGAGACCUUCCUGGCCUCCCUGCACAUGGAGGACUUCGCCUCUCUCCUGCGGCAGGAGAAGAUCGACCUCGAGGCGCUGAUGCUGUGCUCCGACCUCGACCUCCGCAGCAUCAGCGUCCCCCUGGGGCCCCGCAAGAAGAUCAUGGGGGCCGUGCGGAGGCGGAGACAGGCGCUGGAGCGGCCGCCCGCCCUGGAGGACACAGAGUUAUAACCAGGGGUUCCUCUCCCUGGACCAAAAUGAAUUGCAAGUUGCCACAACCCACAGUGGGGCCAUGAGGUCCUCACAGUCGCCAGCUCUGCAGCCCCCCAGCCCCUCCCCAGGAGCAAGGACCACAUGGAUUGUCUCCCUUGAAAGCCUGUCCACACCCUGCAGCAGAAGGUGUGGCCUGGAGGCACCCUGCAGGACAAGAGAGCGUCCUGGAACAUCAAUUCUGAGGGCUCUUGAAGCCCCUGAGCCACUCCCAUCUCAGUGGCCCUAAAGGACAUGUGCAUUCACGGAAGGCCAGCCCCAGAGGAAGGGCAGGGCCCUGGGGCCUUGGGGACUAGACGAUGUGCCCAUUAGAGCUGAUGAGAGUGUGUAU